AUGAAUGGUAGACGAUUAUCUGUUUAUACAAACAUGUCCAGCAUACAAGAUCUGGAUCCGGCUGCUGUUUCAAGAAUGUGGGCUCUUGAAGACCAACUGGUUACUACCCAAGACUUUUUGGCUGAGCAACUAGAGGCUCGUAAGCAGCUUGAGCGAGAACUCGCCAACUCGAAAUUGGAGAUUGAUCGUAUGCGCACAAAACUAACACUGCAGACCAAAGACCAUCAACUUUCUGCAUUAAAUGUAGACUUGUUUAAACCAAAUUCAUCUGGUGCUGAUAUUGACGAUGUCACUCGGAUAUCAGAAGUUGGUUUACCUGGGCGCUAUCCACUUUCUCCAAUCCUUGAUGCUGAAGUAAAUACUAAUUUACCGCAACAGAGCAUUGAUGCUAGCCGCCAGGCUGUUCCAAACAAAAGUUCAUUCUUUUCUUCGUUUAGACUCGCACAAACAUCUCGUCGAAAAUCUUGGCAGCCUGUUCCAUUUACCCAACGCCAUGUUCUCGCCCGUCAUCCAUCAUUUCAAAACCUAGAUUGUCUAGCACAGGACAAUGACAGCGAGAUCACAUAUGAUGAUAUUUCAGAUGAACUCACUGUUGCUCGUCAAAUGAAUUUCAAAUAUCAAAAGGAUUUGAUUUCUCUUCACGACGCACUGGACAUUUCACUCCAGUUUGUAUUAAACAAUGCCGAAAAAGUCAUAUGGCAGUCACAAACUGAGCUACUUGCAAUCCAACAGGCCGUUCCAGAAAUCGGUAGUUCUUACUCCAUUAAUCCACGCCCACCGCUCAAAUGGCAAGACUUUUGGCCUAUGGAAUAUGUUGAGCGCAGUUGGGACCAAGAUUCCGAGUAUGACUCUGAUGUUGAUAUGCCUCCACAAGACCGCGAUGUCAAGGGGGAUCAUUUUGCAUGGUGGCGAUUUCAAUUGGACAAUGGUGCAUUUCAGGGUAUGCGAUCUGUUCGACGCAAGAUAUCGCAUGGGUGGGAGCUUGCACAAGUAGAUGCCAAGUUGGCAGAUGCCGCUCAAGAGGAAAAAAUUAGGCUGAAAAUGCAACGUCACCAUGAUAUGCAUUUCAAAUACUACCAUUCACGUCCAAACGUUGGGCAUGACCCUACUUAUGAUACCGAGUACCAUGAUCAGAUUGAUUUGUUUGAUAUUGAGGAUAUUGACAGUGACGAUGAUGUUUACUCGCCUUCUCGUCCCAUUGUAAGCUAUCUUGCUGGAGACGGCAAUGCAUCACAUACUCUUUCAUCUCACCAGCCCUUUGCCAUUGAUACAGAGUCAAAUCGACUCAAGGAUACAAAUUUCAAGGAUAAUGACAGUCAAAAAUCAGAUGUUGAUAUUGGACCACUCUCGCAAAAAUCCUUUGAAUUGAAUAAUCCAGCUGGAAAUCUAUACAAGAACCAAAAUACCUCAUCUCCGCAGGGCACAAUUUCAAAACAAAAUCAACCAAAAACUAUGACUGGAAUGGCCAGCUCUCUAUUUUCCCAAACUGCGUCUUGGCUCAAGGCUUCAAGCCUGGCUGUGGAUACCAAGUUUGUCCAGCGCGAAUCUCUGUUUGCUGACUCGUCUGACACACCUAAACUUGGAUGGUUUGAAAAUGAGGAUAGAGAUCAGCCCCCUCGAUCUGAAAAUUUAAAGCAGCUUCGUCAAAGAGAUAGCAUGCUUGGACUGAGAUGGAAUGAUAUCAAUGAACUACAGUCCACACCCAUCAUUCAACGGCCACUACAAUCUAAAAAUACUGAUGUUACGGGUAGUUCCGUACCCAUGCAAAUCUUGGAUGUAUCAAACAAAGAUCAAAAUAGAAACACCAGUGAAAUUCAAGAUUUGGGAAAGCCAACUGAUCCGUUAUCUCGCCAAAGCUGGCUCAAAUCCUUUCAAUCUGCAAUUGCUACUACCAAAAACAGCAUUGCUAAUGCAGCCUCAUUGCCUAUUUACGCUUCCUCUACUGCGAUGCCACUUGUACCAACUUAUGCAGUGGGUGAAACUACUACAGAUAGCCUUGAAUGUGUCUCGGGAGCGAAAGAUGACAGCAUGAGUAAAAGUCGAUCCACAUCACAAAUGACUCCAACCUCUACUCCAGUAUUUGAAAAAAGCAUACUAAACUCAGGACUUGAUCAUGAACCAUAUCUGCCAAAUACACCGAGUUCUGGUAUAGUAUUCAAACGGGAAAUUAUUCCUGAAGAAUCAGAAUUCAUAGAGUAA